UCCGCCCCAACCUGCCAGCUGGGACCGAGAGACCUACUUCCUAUGCGCACACUUGUGCUGCCUGACUAAAAAUAUGGCAACUAAUGAUAAAGCAAUACUUUGGACAACUGCAACUGUGAAGGCCCCCAGUUUGCGGAAAGAAACGUGGAUCUGAGUGGGGUGGGGCGGUCUCCGCACUGAGCAGGAAGUAGGGCCUCUUGGAGAAGUUGGCGUGGUUUCUCUGUUCAGACCAACUUCACCAUGUCGAAAGUUUCCUUUAAGAUCACGCUGACGUCGGACCCACGGCUGCCCUACAAAGUACUUAGUGUUCCUGAAAGUACACCUUUCACAGCAGUCUUAAAGUUUGCAGCAGAAGAAUUUAAAGUUCCUGCUGCAACAAGUGCAAUUAUUACCAAUGAUGGAAUAGGAAUAAAUCCUGCACAGACUGCUGGUGAGUAUCUAUUUGAAAACUCAUGGAGGAGUGGGUGGGGCUAUAUAUGUCAAUUGAUACUGAAUAUUUAAAUUAUUCUAAUUAGACUUGCUAGGAUUUUAACAGGAUGAGCUGUUUUUUAAGGAUUCUAUAGCAGCCUUUACCUAUGUGUCUUGAGUAAUAAUUUGUUUCAUUAUGUUUAUCAGUUAGUGUUUUGAGCUAUAAUAUCAGAAAACCUAACAGUGGCUUAUGCAUUGAAAGUAUUUAAUUAAUACACGUGACAAAAAGUCUGAAGGUAAGAUUGUACUCUCAUGGAAAUAAUGAU